AUGAAUUUAUCUUAACAAUAGAGAGCAUUUUUCUAAUAUAUAUUUGAUGAAAACAUCAAAUUUGGAGAUUCAGAGGGAUAUUUAAAAGUUUUUUAAUUGAAUGAUAUGAAAAAAACUCGAUAUAUCUAAGGCCAUUUAGCUUGUUUAUCAUGUAUUGCAAUGAGUAUUCAAGAAAAUGAAAUUAUCACUAGCAUAGAUUAGCAACAUUCAUGCUUUAAAAUAAUAGAUUUACUCUUAAUAAUGAGUUUGAAUAAAUAAAUAAUUGAAUGGUAUAAUUAUUCCCAAAUUUUAGGCACACGUUAAGAAAUGUCAGUGCCAUUUCUGCCUACAUCAUAUCUGUUAAGACCUACGGAUUCGAUUCCAAAUAAUAAAAUAAAGAUCAAAGGUGUUGA